GUAUAUGGGUAUGAAUUUGGUGGAUAUUAAGAGGAUAUGGGCAUGAAAAAGUCCUAUCUGUCAUGAGUAGUUGAUAGGUGGUGGGUAUGAGAUCUUACCCGCCCCGCUCCGCUCCAUAUGGACAAGUUUUAAAUAAAAUUAGGUAGACAAUGAAAUUUGUAAAGGAUUGCAAUUUCAUGGAGCUGAUAGCGCGGACUUGAAAUGAAGGUGAGGUGAGUAUAAGAUGAAUAUAUCCAAAUGGUCGAUAAGAAUAAGUUUGAAUGCAUACCACAGUUGUAAAUAGAAAAAUUUUACCAGCCAUGAAUUGUAUGUACGCGAUGAAUAUAAAAAUUUAGAUGGAUUAUAGAGAUUGAGAAGGACAAAGUGCAUCCGCCCGCCUUGUUUACCAAAUCAAUUUUUAAUUAUUCAAAAUACAAUUUUGAAAUUCCCAGAUACUUGUUAGUACUAUUAUUAACAAACUGUUCUAGUGCCAGAAUUGCAACGAGUUCAGGCAAGUUUAGUUUAGUUACAUGGAUGAAACCCAGAUGGAUUUCUCACAACCUAAUCUCACUCACUCAUCCUCAUUUCUUUUUCUCCUCUUUCAUCACAACUUUCUGUAACUCUCCAUUUUUCACUCCAAAUGAUUUCAGUCAUAUACAAAUAAGCCGUCUCCUAUCAAUAUGCGGAAAAGAAGGAAAUCUCAAUUUGGGUUCAUCCCUUCACUCAUCAAUCGUAAAAAGGCACUACCUUUAUCAUCAUAAAUUUCACAAUGAUCCCAGAACUGUGAUUGCUGUUUGGAAUUCUCUACUUUCCAUGUAUGCUAAAUGCCGAUCGCUGGGGGAUGCCCUUAAGGUGUUCUACGAAAUGCCCAUGAGAGAUACUAUUUCAUGGAAUUCAUUAAUUUAUGGGUUUUUGAGUUGUAGGCAGUUUGAAAUCGGAUUCAAGUAUUUCAGGGAGAUGAUUGAACUGGGUAUUGGUUAUCUCGAUCGAUGUACUUUCACUACUGUUUUAUCAGCUUGUGAUGAUUUGAGUUUUCUAAAGUUAACAAAUAUGAUUCAUGGGUUAGUAAUUCAGAGUGGCUAUAAAGGUGAAACUACAAUUGGAAAUGCUUUAAUAACCUCUUAUUUUAAAUGUGGGUGUGCUGAGUCUGGAAAGCAUGUUUUUCUUGAAAUGGGCGAAAAGAAUUUUGUUACUUGGACUGCUGUGAUCUCUGGUCUUGUGAAAACUGGACUUUGUGAGGAGAGUUUGAAUGUGUUUAGUACAAUGCGUAGCGAAUUCGUGGUUCCUAAUUCUUUGACAUAUUCAAGCUUGCUAUCAGCUUGUGCUAGUUUACAGAUUCUCAAAGAAGGGAAACAAGUCCAUGGAUUGGUGUUGAAACUAGGACUUGAUUUGGAUUUUUGUAUUGAGAGUGCACUAAUGAACAUGUACUCUAAAUGUGGAAGCAUGGACGACGCCUUGCGUAUUUUUAACUCUGUAGAUAAGUUUGAUGAUGUUUUCAUGACUAUUGUGCUUGUGGGUUUUGCUCAAAAUGGGCUUGAAGAAGAGGCUAUUCAAAUCUUUUUAAAAAUGAUGAAACAAGGAAUUGACAUUGAUCCAAAUAUGGUGUCUGCUAUUCUUGGUGUUUUUGGUACUGACACUUCUUUGGGUCUUGGCCAGCAAAUCCACUCAUUGAUCAUCAAAAAAAGAUUUGACACCAACCUUUUUGUCAGCAAUGGGCUGAUCAACAUGUAUUCUAAAUGUGGAAAUUUGGAGGAGUCGAUGAAAGCUUUCAGUCGCAUUGCUCGGAGGAACUCGGUGUCUUGGAAUUCUUUAAUAGCAGCGUUUGCUCGACAUGGUGAUGGACUAAAAGCCAUUCAAUUAUAUGAAGAAAUGUUAUCAGAAGGGGUAGAGCCUACCGAUGUUACAUUCAUUUCGUUGCUCCAUGCUUGCAGCCAUGUUGGCUUAGUUGAGAAAGGCAUGGAGUUUUUUGAAUCCAUGAGCAAAUUUCAUCACAUCAAUCCAAGAAUGGAACAUUAUGCUUGUGUGGUUGAUCUGUUAGGAAGAGCAGGGCGGCUCAGUGACGCUAAAAAAUUUAUAGAUGACUUGCCGGAUAGACCAGGAAUUCUUGUAUGGCAAGCCCUGCUUGGUGCCUGUUCUAUUCAUGGAGAUUCCGAAAUGGGAAAAUACGCUGCUGAGCAGUGGUUUUUGUUAGAACCUGAAAACCCUGCUCCAUAUGUUCAGUUGGCGAAUAUAUAUUCUUGUGAAGGACAAUGGAAAGACAGAGCCAGGACUAUAAAGAGAAUGAAAGAGGAGGGCUUAUCCAAGGAACCCGGUACAAGUUGGAUUGAGAUUGAGAGAAAGGUUCAUAGCUUUGUUGUGUGUGAUCAGAUGCAUCCACAAGCCGAGACCAUUUACUCGGUCCUUGCGGAGUUGUUUUUGCAACUGGUUGACGAAGGAUACAAGCCGGAUAUGAAGUUUAUUCUGCAUUGCACGGGCCAGAAUGACGAGGGGAGUCAACAUGAAGCAACUGGUUGCUAGUAAUCGAACCGUUUUAGAAACUAAUUGAGCUGGUCAUUAUUGUGAUUUACUUGUUUAGACAUAAUCUUGAUGCUAGAAUGGACCUUCCAGUACUUUGGUAUUGCCUCUUGUGCCCGGAAUACCCCCUCGAAAAUAUACAAAUAAAGGAAAACUGAGAAUGAAAAAGAUGAAGUUUGUGUACAAGAAAUUGAAGUGAGCCCAUAUAUGCUAUGAAUUCUUCAGUCACCAUCUGUUGUAGAACUUGCAGAGUUUGUACACAAGAAUAUGUUUUGGCUCAAUUGGCAGAAAUCUAUUGUUGCCUCGUGGUUCAAAUA